AUGACCACCCCGACUCCUCCCAACUGCGGCGUUUGGGGAUGCCCGCGGCCUGGCACGCGCCGCUGCACCGGCUGCAGCUCCCUCCCCGGGGCCACCAUGGCGUAUUGCUCCCCUCGAUGCCAGAAGGCGCACUGGCCGACCCACAAGUCGUCCUGUCCGGGGGCCCGUCGGUACAAUUGUUUCUUGAUUCGCGCCACGCCCCGGGACCCGGCGAAAGAGCACCCUACGGACGGCGACUACAUCGAACCCUUUCCCCUGGAGUCGUACGGUAACUGGGGCGAGGAGAAACGGGAGUUGCAGACGCGAUUGGGCUGGACGCAGCUUUACGAGCCCGGCAAAUUCUUCUCGCAUCGCGACGUGGAUCGGGGGAAGGCCCGCGAAAUGGGCAUUGUGGGCCGGUGUACGGGCCGGGCGAUUGUCGGGGACGUGGCCGUGGUGCGCUUGUCGAAUAUGGAGGUGAACGACUACGCGGAUGAGUUCUCCACGGUGGAGUUGCUGCGGACGACGGGAUAUUAUCGCAACCGGGAUGGCUUUGAAGAGAACGAGCAGCGAGAGCGCGGCCGAGUGAGCGGCCUGCUGGGCGUGGACCCGGACGUGCUGCCCACCGAGCGUGUUUUCACCGUCCCAGGGCCCUAG